GGCGCUGUCGGCGGGGCGGGGAGGGCGGGCUGCGAUGAGGACCGGGCCGUGGCGGUGACCAGAGCUGCCGCCCGACAUGAACUCGCUGGAACAGGCGGAAGAUCUCAAGGCAUUCGAAAGAAGACUUACUGAAUAUAUUCAUUGCUUGCAACCUGCCACUGGACGUUGGAGAAUGCUUCUUAUAGUGGUGUCUGUCUGUACAGCUACUGGUGCCUGGAACUGGCUAAUAGAUCCUGAGACACAAAAGGUGUCCUUCUUCACGUCAUUAUGGAACCAUCCGUUUUUCACUAUUAGCUGUAUAACUCUAAUAGGCUUGUUCUUUGCUGGAAUACACAAAAGAGUAGUCGCACCAUCAAUGUAUCCUUUCCCACGAGUUGAGUUUUUUAUCAUAACUAAGCUGAAGAACCUUCCCUGGUUCCUAAGCGGUGUUAGAAGCUAUGUGUUAAUCACAUCCCAUCCCUGCGGAUUCAAUACCUGAGAUUUGUCUUGACUCAUGAUUUUAGAGGUUUCAGACCAUGAUUGGCUGGUCCAGUUGUGUUUUGACUGUGGUAAGGCGGCCCGUCAUGGCAUAGAGCAUGGCGUGGAGUGUAGCAUAAAACAAAGCCACUCAUCCCAUGGUGGCAGGAGACAGUGAAGGGUUCAGGAAUAAACUAUGCUUUUCAAAGUCACCCCUCAGUGGCCUGUAUCCUCUGACUGAGUCCCACUCCCCUGGCUAUGAAUGUGCCGUGGUUUACACCAUUGAUGACAUUUGUCCCUCUGUUAUUCAGUUACUUCAAUAUGCCAAUGGCUCGGGACCAACCCUUUAACACUUGAGCCUUUGGGAGCAACAUAUCAUGGCUAAACCAUAACAGACGCCUGACUUGCAUUGUGAAUUUUCCUUUGACCACGUUGGUUCAGUAUAGCUGCUCGAUGUCGAACGGUAUUAGCAGAAUACAAUAUGUCCUGUGAUGACGUAAGUAGUUUUCGGUAGAAUAAGUAGACCUGUAGCCAGGUAUUAUUGCUGACAUCUAUACUCUCUACCUUUGGAAGGCAAGGGGAUUGCUUCAAGUUCAAGGCCACCCUGAUUUACAUAGCGAAACUCUUUCAAAGAAACAAAAAUGGGGAGGGAGUACUGACAUGUUUGGUUUUAUGAAAGCAGACCUCUGGGUCCUUUAGGUCUGGAUGGUGGCCCACACCUGUAACCUCAGGACUCAGGAACUGAGGCAGAAGAGCCAAGAGUGAAGGCAGAGCCUGAGCUGGUAAAAUGCUUAACAUCUGUUAAGCCUUAGGUUUGCUCUUCAGCACCACAGGAAACCAGGUAUGAUGGUGGACACCUUUGAUCCCAGCACUUGAGAGGUGGAAGCAGGAAGAUCAAAGUUGAAGGCUCUUUUUAGCAGUAUACAAAUAUGGGGCUAGCCUGAAGAUAAAAAAUACUGACUGAGAAAAGCAGGAAAGGGGUUAAGACGUGCCUGGGUCUUAACCAUAGCAAUGCCCUGUCUGAACAAAACAAGACUAUACCUGAAAUCUUUUAGUCUGUCUUGUUGGCACACACCUUUGACCCCAGCACUCAGGAGACAGAGACAAGCUUGCUUUACAUUAUAAGUUCCUGAAACAAAAUAUCUUUCAAAGUCUCUCCCCUUGGUGGCCUGUAUCCUCUGACUAGGCCCCAGCUGCUGUGGCUAUGAAUGCACUAGUGAUUUGCUCCGUUGAUGACGUUGUCCCCAUUACUCAGUUACUUUAACAUGCUACUGGCUGGGAGCCAAGCCUUUAACACUUGAGCCUUUUAGGACAACUACAGGUAGUGGUGCCAGACAAAGUAGUUGGAUCGACAGUUGAAUCUUUUUUAUUUUUAUUAUUAUUUUUUUUUAAUUUUGAGGCAGGGUUUUGGUUUGUAGCCUAGGCUGGCCUGGAAUUCACUGUUAUUGAAGCUGGUCUCAAACCUGUAUGUCUCGUUUGUGCCUUAGUUUCCUGAUUAAUCAUGUUUUUACAUUUUGUUGUGUAUUCUUACUAGCUUUUAGUAAAGGAACAUGUUAACCCAACAUUAGGAUUUAAGAGUCACUAAUUAUUGGCCAUUAACCACAUGCAAAGUCCCAGGCUCAUUUCUCUACCCAAAUUAUCUCAGUUGAAAUCUUUGCUAUGUCUAGUUGCAUAAUGCUUGCGUUGUAAAUUAACCCCCUAUCUAACAUAGAGUUGUUUUGCCAUCCUUCAUACUGUGUGUGUGUUUGUUUCCCACUGGAAUUAAAUUGCACUGUGGUAGAA